UUAUUUGAUCUUUUUUUCUUUUCUUUUUUGGAUUGAUUUCAUCUAGUUUAAUGGUAAAAUCUGACACUGUGUUUGGAUAGACCUUAGUAAAGGAAAGGAAAGGAAAGGAAAUGGAGGGUUUGUAAAAUGAAAUCAUUCACUUAUUCUGUUUGGAUAGAGGUUGAAAGAGGAAGGAAGGGAAAGGAAAGGAAUGGAGGGUUUGUAAAAUGAAAGGAUUCACGUAUUCUGUUUGGAUAGAGGUGGAAAGAGGAAGGAAAGGAAAGGAAAGGAAAUGCAGGGUUUGUAAAACAAAAGGAUUCACUUGUUCUGUUUGGAUAGAGGUAGAAAGAGAAAGGAAAGGAAAGAAAAGGAUUGCAUCCCAUGUCUUAAAUGUUCCUUCUUCACUAUUGAAUGACUGUGCAGAUACCUUCAAAGGGAAGGACACAGCAGGCUGACAGUAGGGUUCAAUGCUAUGAGCCUGCUACUAUGAAGUAUUUGGGAUAUUGUCCAGCAUUGAAACCUGCAGAGGUCAAGGACCAUGUGGCACAAGCAAGAAAAGCACAGAAAGUUUGGGCACAAAGUAGCUUCAAGCAAAGACGCCAGUUUUUGCGGAUACUUUUGAAAUAUAUUAUUGAACACCAAGAGCUUAUAUGCGAAGUCUCUUCACGUGAUACUGGGAAGACGAUGGUCGAUGCCUCAUUAGGAGAAAUAAUGACAACAUGUGAGAAGAUAACUUGGCUUCUUUCAGAGGGUGAACGGUGGCUCAAGCCAGAGUAUAGAUCUUCAGGGAGAUCAAUGCUUCACAAGAGGUCCAAAGUGGAGUUCCACCCUCUAGGUGUCAUUGGGGCAAUUGUUUCAUGGAAUUACCCUUUCCACAAUAUAUUCAACCCAAUGCUUGCAGCUGUCUUUUCUGGCAAUAGUAUUGUGAUCAAGGUUUCAGAAAAUGCAAGCUGGUCUGGAUGUUUCUACUUCCGAAUAAUCCAAUCAGCUCUUGCUGCGAUAGGGGCUCCAGAGAACCUGGUAGACGUAAUUACAGGCUUUGCUGAGACAGGGGAAGCACUGGUGUCUUCUGUUGAUAAAGUCAUAUUUGUUGGAUCACCAGGUGUGGGCAAGAUGAUAAUGAGAAAUGCUUCAGAGACCUUGACACCAGUUACACUUGAGCUUGGGGGGAAAGAUCCAUUUAUUGUUUGUGAAGAUGUGGAUGUUGCUCAUGUUGCACAAAUUGCUGUCAGAGCUGCUCUCCAAUCCAGUGGACAAAACUGUGCUGGAGCUGAAAGGUUUUAUGUUCACAAGGACAUUUAUUCUGCAUUUGUCGGUCAAGUGACAAAAAUCGUAAAGUCUGUUUUGGCUGGUCCACCCCUUGUUGGAAGGUAUGACAUGGGUGCCAUAUGCUUGCAAGAUCAUUCUGAGAAGCUUCAGAACCUUGUAAAUGAUGCCUUAGAGAAAGGAGCUGAGAUUGUGGCCCGUGGAAGUUUUGGUCCUUUAGGUGAAGGUGCAGUUGAUCAUUUCUUCCCACCUACAGUGAUUGUAAAUGUAAACCACACCAUGAAGUUGAUGCAAGAAGAGACUUUUGGACCAAUAAUGCCGAUUAUGAAAUUCAGCACUGAUGAAGAAGCUGUGAAACUUGCAAAUGAUUCAAGAUUUGGGCUUGGGGUUGCUGUUUUUUCUGGAAGUCAGCGGCGUGCUAAAGAAAUAGCUUCUCAGAUACACUGUGGAGUAGCUGCAAUUAAUGAUUUUGCAUCGACUUACAUGUGCCAGUCCCUCCCAUUCGGUGGCGUAAAAGAUAGUGGGUUUGGACGAUUUGCUGGUGUAGAGGGAUUGCGAGCUUGCUGUCUUGUUAAGUCAGUUGUUGAGGACAGAUGGUGGCCAUUUGUCAAAACCGUAAUCCCAAAGCCUAUUCAGUAUCCCAUUGCACAGAACGGUUUCGAGUUCCAAGAGUCACUUGUAGAGGCACUUUAUGGCUUGAACAUAUGGGACCGAUUGCGAGCACUGGUCAAUGUUUUAAAGAUCCUUACUGAUCAAAAUUCUUCCACCAGUCAUAAUAGAAGAACUGGCUGAGCUGCUGGAUGAGUUAGAACUACACUCACAUCAACCCAAUCUUAACUCUGAAAUCUAGUUGAGCAGUUGAAAAUUUGCGCAUGAGCAUGUUAAGGAUUUUGGUGAAUUGACUAUCAUGACUAAUUACAGUUUUUAUGCUCCCGAUCUUUUAUUUUGCCUACUUAUCUUCUUUGUUUGUUUUAGUUAUUUUAGGAGACGUGCUGGAUUCUUAGAAUGAAAAUGAGGAAAAAGU